CAUGUGCUGAUCAGGCAAGACAAACCUGAAACAUUACUGCAGACACACGUACUGGAGACUGGAGAACUGCACAGUAUCAAAGACCAGUACAAAACCAGCAUGAAGAAAAAGUACAAUAGAUUAUUUAGAGGAACCAGACUCCAAGAGAAUGAAACCUGGCUUAACGGGAUCUACACAAAACACUACGUCAUAGAGGGAGAGCGAGAAGGAGUGAAUAAAGAACAUGAGGUUUUACAGAUGGAGAAAAUGGCCAGAACACAACACUCACAAGACACUGCAAUUGACUGCAAUGACAUAUUUAAAGCCUCAGCUGAAGCAUUAUGUGAAGAAAAAGACCAGAUCAAGACUGUUCUUACUAAAGGCAUCGCUGGAAUCGGAAAAACCGUGUCUGUGCAGAAGUUCAUUCUGGACUGGGCUGAGGGAAGAGCCAAUCAGGAUGUAGAUUUCAUGUUUAUGCUUCCAUUUCGAGAGCUGAACUUGAUCCGAAGUCAUCAUCAGUACAGUCUUCACAGACUUCUGCUGGACUUUCAUCCUGAACUUCAAGAUCUGGACUCACAGAUGUAUGAGGAGUGUAAAGUUGUGUUCAUCUUUGAUGGUCUGGAUGAAGGCAGAAUCACACUGAUGUUUUCAGAUGCUCAGAAAGUUUGUGAUGUGACUGAGACUUCAUCAGUGGCUGUGUUGAUGUCAAACAUCAUGAAAGGAGAGCUGCUUCCCUCUGCUCUCAUCUGGAUCACCUCCAGACCAGCAGCAGCCAAUCAGAUCCCCUCCGAAUACAUCCACCGUCUGACAGAAAUUCAGGGAUUCACUGAGCCUCAGAAGGAGGAAUAUUUCAGGAAGAGAAUCAGUGACCAGCACCAAGCCAGCAGAAUCAUCUCACACAUCAGAAGAGCAAGAAGCCUCCACAUCAUGUGCCACAUCCCCGUCUUCUGCUGGAUCUCAUCCACUGUGCUUCAGAAGCUCCUGGAAGAAGAUCUGAGAGCAGAAAUCCCUCAAACUCUGACUGAAAUGUACAUCCACUUCCUGCUGAUUCAGAUCAACAUGAGGAAGCAGAAGAAUGAAGAGAGAGAUCCAGAGAAACUCCUGCCGUCCAACAGAGAAGUGAUUGUGAAAUUUGCUGAAGUGGCUUUCAAACAGCUGAUGAAGGGCAAUGUGAUGUUCUAUGAGGAGGACCUGAUUGAGAGCGGCAUAGACGUCACUGACGCCUCAGUGUAUUCUGGGAUUCACAUCUUUAAGGAGGAGUCUGUGAUUCAUCAGAAGAAAGUCUACAGCUUUAUUCAUCUGAGCGUUCAGGAGUUUCUUGCUGCUUUCUAUGUGUUUUACUACCAUGUAAAUGAAAUUGUGAAGGGACUGAAGAAUUUUGUUUCUGUAAGAAAUGUGCUUAAAAUAGCAGUGGAUGAAGCCCUUGAGAGUGAGAAUCGCCAUCUGGAUCUGUUCCUGCGGUUCCUGCUGGGUGUCUCACUGGAGUCCAAUCAGAGACUCUUACAGGAUCUACUGACACACACAGAGAACAGCUCAGAGAGCAUCAUGAGAACCACACAGUACAUUAAAGAGAAGAUCAAGGAUGGACAUGAACUCUCCACUGAAAGAUCCAUCAAUCUGUUCCUCUGUCUGCUGGAAGUGAAAGAUCAGACUCUGUCCAGAGAGAUUCGGGAGUUUGUGAAAUCAGACAAACACUCAGAGAAGAAACUCUCUCCUGCUCACUGCUCAACAAUCUCCUACAUGCUUCAGAUGUCAGAGGAGCCACUGGAUGAGCUGGACCUCAAGAAAUACAACACAUCAGAUGAAGGGAGAAGAAGACUGAUAUCAGCUGUGAUCAACUACAGAAAAGCCCUAUUUGCUGGUUGUAAUCUCACUGGUCAGUCCUGUGAAACUGUGUCAUCAGUUCUCCAAUCCUCAAACUCUGUCCUGAGAGAACUGGAUCUAAGUAACAAUGACCUGCAGGAUUCAGGAGUGAAGCUGCUCUCCAAUGGACUGAAGAGACUAAACUGUCAGCUGGAGAUACUGAGGUUGUCGGGCUGUAUGGUGACAGAGGAAGGCUGUGGUUAUUUGUCUUCAGCUCUGAGUUCAAACCCCUCACAUCUGAGAGAGCUGGAUCUGAGCUACAAUCACCCAGGACCAUCAGGAGCCCAGCUGCUCAAACACAAACUGGAGGAUCCAAACUAUAAGCUGGAGAUACUCAAUGUGGAUCAUGCAGAAAAUUAUAGAAUCACACAAGGACUGAGAAAAUAUGCCUGUGAUCUCACACUGGAUCCAAACACAGCACACACUCAACUCAUCCUCUCUGAGGGAUGCAGGAAGGUAACUUAUGUCAAAGAGAAUCAGCUGUAUCCUGAUCAUCCAGAGAGAUUUGAUCAUCAGGAGCAGGUUCUAUGUAAAGAACGUUUGACUGGACGCUGUUACUGGGAGGUUGAGUGGAGCGGCUGGGCCCAUAUAGCAGUGGCAUAUAAAAGGAUCAAAGAAAAAAGUGGAACUGACUUUUGGUUUGGAUUCAAUGAUAAAUCCUGGAGUCUGUACUGCACUGAAAAGAGAUACACUGCCUGGCAUGAGAAGAGGAAAACUGACAUACUGAGCUGUUCAUCCUCUAAUAGAGUAGGAGUGUAUGUGGAUGAGUCAGCCGGCACUCUGUCUUACUUCAGUGUCUCUGACACACAGACACUUACACAUAUACACACAUUCAACACCACAUUCACUGAACCCCUAUAUGCUGGGUUCAGAGUUUAUGAGUCCUCACUGUCUUUGUGUCAGAAUAAAUGAUCUUGUGGUGAGACAUCACAACCCUUUACGGAUACAUUAGCAAUUGAAUUGUCAUUGGCUAAUAAUUGUUUUUAGCUUUCUUGCCAUGCUUAAAUACUAUCAUUUAUUUAUUUAUUUAUUUAUGCAGUGCCUUGUGAAAGUAUUCAUACCCCUUAAUUUUUUUCACUUUUUUUAUGUUGCUGCCUUAUGUCAAGCUGCUUUUAAUUACUUUUUCCCCACAUCAAUCUGCACUCCACACACCAUAAUGCUAAAGCUAAAAACAUUUUUUAACAUCUUUGCAUUCCAUUGCAUAAGUAUACACACCCUUAUCUGGGACAGUUGAAAUUUAGCUCAGGAGCAUUCAUAUUGCUUAUAGAUGUUACUACACUUCAAGUGAAGUUAACUUCAUAUUGCUUAUAGAUGUUACUACACUUCAAGUGAAGU